AUGGCUGAAAGCGGGGAAUCUUCUUGCCCUCAUACCCAACAAGUUCUUUCGCACACAAUUUUAACUCCGAAUCUCCUCAUCAAUGAAAUGAUAUCGCAGUGGUGCGACAAUCAAGGAAUUGAAUUGCAAAUCCCGGUUCAGCAUGGUGUUGAAGGUAUAAGUUGUCCGCCGCAGCGCCCUCAUCUGAAGGAAGCUGCGAAGGAGAUGCGGUUGUUGAUGAAGAACACCCCUUCGUUCCGUGCCCUUUUCGGGGAAUCCAUCAACCCCAUUCCUCGACUGUUCGCCCCGCUUUUGGGAUCCAAAUCUCAAAGCGGCGUUCUCCACACUGAUAUCCAGGAAAAUGUGAUUACGAUAAUGUUGAAUCUUUCAAUUCAUGACGGUAACAAGAAGUUGGUUGCCGAAAGGCCGAUGGCCAUCACUCUGCUUAUGGAAGGUCUAAGAUAUGGAACUAUUGAAACAAGGAGCAAUGCAGUUGCUGCCCUUUUCACCUUAUCUGCUCUUGAAUCCAACAAGGAACUCAUUGGCAAAUCAGGUGCUUUAAACCCUUUGAUUGAGCUUCUCGAUGAGGGGCAUACAUUAGCGCUGAAAGAUGUUGCUUCUGCCAUAUUUAACCGCAUUCUUGAUAGGAAAGCGGUGACGGGUUAA